CUUCAGCACCUGGCAACAAGAAACUGUUGAGUCACUGCUUCGUCUGCACAAUCCGAUGGCCACCAGUCCCAGCACCACCCAGCCAUCCAGCAACAUGGAGGAGCCGCAGCAGCCGGACCAGCCAACCAGCACACAGCCGGAAGGAGAAGCCGACCACACCGCUGUGACUUCUCAACCGGCCAGCGCUAAGCAUCAAGUCCCACCCCCGACAACAGACGCUCCUGAACAAAUAGAGCACGACAAAGCCAUGGAUGAGCUGACCACGAUGAGCGACAACACCGAGACCAUCAAUGGCAUUGGUCCAGUGAUGGUCGACUCUCCCACAGUGUCCUCUGUGUCACCAAAACUGCAUGCUAAGCCAGGCGGCCAUCCUAAUGGUCGGCCUCGUUUGGGCAGUCGGGCUGGCUCAGUGGUGGCAGGCUCACCCAGGCCCUCGCUCACCCGCCAACCCAGUGCCAUCAUAGAGGGCGCGGGGGAUGGAUCCAAGCCGAGGGACUACCUGAUCCUGGCCAUCCUGUCCUGCUUCUGCCCACUGUGGCCCAUCAACAUUGUAGCCCUCACCUUCUCCGUGAUGUCCCGAAACAGUCUUCAGCAAGGCAACAUUGAUGGUGCUCGCCGUUUGGGCCGUAAUGCUAUGGUGCUGUCUGUCGUCUCCAUUUUGGGAGGGAUUGUUAUAAUUGCUGCAGCCAUCGCACUCAAUUGGGGAUUGAUAUUAAAAUCCUGAUAAAAAACUGGCAAGACCGACUUCACAACAACAACUGACCAACACACCACCAUCCCCCCACCUCACUGAAGCACGAUCGUUCUCAAGCGUCUGCACCAGAUGAAAAACUAAUAAAAAUCUGUUCUUGUUCUUUGCUGUUGU